GAUUUGCAGUUUGUUCCAACGAACUCGCCAUGACAAAAGUUUUCACGAAGCUCCCAUCGAAUCGCCUAUGCCUGGUGUACGAGUUUGAUAUCCCUGAGCUCGUCGUAAGUCCUUCUGAAUCAGAGCACGAUGUCGCCGUUCAAAAGGCCGCCACCGCAACUGGGAAAGUAGCGGCUACGAGUGUCCGGGCUACCGCGUAUAGCAGGAGUAACCCGUCGAUAUCGAGUGUCCAGCACGAACCUUUCGAUCCUACAUUUCAUGUUGCCAAUGGAGGACCCGCGGCUCGAUUUGAGUUUGUCUACGAUGAUAAACAUCCCAAAAUGUUUGUUCGAAUUGUGACUUCGCUCGGCGAUACCGCUGAAAUGAUAAUUGAUGGCGUUUUGGCAACUCGUAUUGCCUUGCACACCAUGGAGCUUUUGGAAGGGAACGAAAUGUCAAAAAGCAUCUUCCCCGAAGCAACACCGCUACAUUAUUCCUGGCGUCACCGUGUUAAUUUUUUCCAAGAAAUCUUUGGUACAAAAGCUCGAGUAAUCUUCGCAGAAAUACAUAUGUGGAUUGCGAAAAGAUGCUCCUUCUUCAUGGAUUCGACGCUUAGUCCCAGUAGAGACGUGACGGAGGUAAACGAUGCCGUAUCGCUUUUCCAAUUUUACGAAAGCAUGUACGCGGAUCAACCUGCAUCAUACAAGCUCUAUCGCCCAGAACUGAUCGGAUUCAAAGGAUUUGUGGGUCUAUUGGAAGAAUGGCGUCGCGAGCAAGAUAUGUGGGGCUUUUUUUAUCUCAUUAAUUUUUCUCCGAAGGUCGCGGCUGGGUCGUCAUCCCGAGUACAGGAUAUUACUUCCCUCUCGGCUCGUUACCGUGGUGCUUUCGUCCCGCCAGGUGCCGGACCUCCUCCCUUUCUCUGGGAACUUGAAAACCCACGGCUAUCACGCCAAAUAUUCGUCAAUAACUACGGUCGUCAUCAACAUAACUUCCAAGCUAAGCCGGUUGCUUACGUGUGGGAUUGGUUGGAAAUGGCGGCACCUUUAAAAGGAUGUGGGUGUAUUACAAUCAAUGGCGUCUUUCUUUGCUGGAACCGUGGCAUGCCGUCGGCCUUGGACGAGUCCAAAAAUCCAUUUACACGAGAAUGCGGCGAGCCCAUUGCAACGACUCAGAAUCAAGAGUGGUUCUCAAAAAUGGGUCCGUGGAAACCCCAAGGGCAAUAG